UUGCCAGCUGAUUAGCGCAGUGUUCAGUGUUCAGCUCCAAAUUGACAGGCUGACUAGGCUUUAUGAAUUGAUAUAGCUUAGCCCUGGUAAACAUCAUUACCAACAACACAGCCAGAAAGAUUCAGUUUUCGUAAAGAUGAUUUGGUUUGAGGGCUCCAUUCCUGACGCUAUUAGCUCAGCUAAACAACGGAGUUUGGUCUUUGUCGUUGUCAUCACAGGAGAAGAUGAACAGUCUGCACAGCUCAUGUCCAGCUGGGAGGACGACAAAGUCUCAGAAGCAGCACAGAAAUGUUGUGUCGCCAUCAAAGUCGAUGCCAAGAGUGAGACAUGUGUGCAGUUUUCCCAAAUCUAUCCAGUAGUGUGCAUACCCUCAAGCUUCUUCAUUGGAGAGAAUGGGAUUCCUCUGGAGGUUAUAGCCAGCAGUGUGUCAGCUGAGGAACUGAUGAAAAGAAUCAGUAGAGUCAAGCAGAUGCAUGCUCAGCAGAUUAGAGGUGCGACAGCAUUACCACAGGAAAGCUCUCCCAUGGUGACAAGCCAGUGUGACAGGACAGCACCAGAACUGGCUUCAGUUCCAGCAACUGUUUCAGCAGAGGAGCCCGCUGGGUCUUCAGCAGCUGCAGUCACUCAGCCUGCAGGACUACCAGAAUCCCUGUCAGCCCCAGUCGAUAAAGGCAGCCUUUCAGCAACUCCUACACAGGAUACAAAUCCGUCCUCAGACCCUGUGGCUCAGAGUUCUCAGACUCAAGAAAACUUGGAGGACAAGGUGGAAAGAUUAACCAAGAAGCUUGAGGAGAGAAGAGAGCAAAGGAAGAAAGGAGAAGAGGAGAAUGAGAUCAGGAAGGAAGUAGAGCGGCGGAAGAUGGGAAAGGAUAUGCUGGACUUCAAGAGGAAACAGGAAGAAGAGAAGACCAAGAGACUCCUGGAGGAGAGGAACAAAGAGAAGGCAGAGGAGAAGGCUGCCAGGGAGAGAGUCAAGCAGCAGAUUGCCUUGGACCGAGCUGACAGAGCAGCUCGCUAUGCCAAAACCCAGGAGGAAGAGAAGGCCGCCAAACAGGCCUUGUUGCAGGCUAGACAGGCAGAGCAGGAGGCCAGGAAGGAGGCCAUAGUCCGGGAGCGGAGCACCAUAGCGAGGAUACAGUUCCGCCUCCCAAAUGGUUCAUCCUUCACCAAUCAGUUUCCCUCACAGAGCAGACUGCAGGAGGCUAGGCAGUUUGCUGUUCAGGAAGUAGGAAACCGCUAUGGUAACUUCUCCUUAGCGACCAUGUUCCCUCGGCGGGAAUUCACCAGCGAAGACCUGAACAAGACUCUGCUGGAGCUGGAACUGGCUCCAAGUGCUUCCAUUGUGCUUCUGCCUCAGUCAGCCAGGCCUGCAAACACAGUGGUCCAGUCCUCUGAGAGUGGUAUCUGGGCUGUUUUGGGGACGCUCCUGUACCCUCUGCUCGCUGUUUGGAGAUUCCUCAGCUCCUUCCUGUUUACGACUCCUCCUCCUCCUGGAGCAGCAAGCAGAGGUGCCGCACAACAAUCCAACUCUCAUACCAACUCAAUAUCAUCUUCUGAUAAACCAAAGAGAGAAACUCUCUCCAGGCACACACUGGAAAAGCGGCCCAAGGACUUCAAGAAAGAUGGUAAAAUUUGCAGGCUCCGGACUCAGGAGGACAGUGAGGAUGAGAACAACACCUGGAAUGGCAACUCCACACAGCAGAUGUAGCGCUUUGACUGCACCAGUACCCUCCAGUCACUCUCCAUCUCUGGUGUGAAGUGGUUCAGUUGGGACAGUUGAUGGGUUCUGCUGCACUAAGGGCUGACCCUUUUGUUUUACUUUCUCUAACUGUGUUCCAGGUCUACGGUCCUGCACUGCGCCUGCAUGAGUAGAUAAAUAAUAAUCAACAGAACUUCCUUUGAGCUUAAGCUGAGUGUUUUUGUGUUGAUUAUCACAUGAUUCUGUCUCUUAACCAGGCACAGAUUACACUUUAAUUAUCUUGACAGAUGGCAAGAAGCUACCAGCAAUGGCUGGUUCUAAAGUCCUCUUUUUUCUGCUUAUAACUGAUGAUUCUGAACAAGAACAGACUGAGGGUAAACGGUUGAUCUGAGGAUCUCGAUAACUGAGCCUGACAUAAUGAUAUGUUACAGGCUGCUGCAUUUUGGAAUAAUUAUGACUUUGAAAUGUUAUUGGCUGAUCCCAGUGAUUCAUAUGAAUUAUUAAUUAAAUAAAACAGUGGAAUGAAAACAUUUGUGUUGUAGAUGUAUAAAAUAGUUCAUGGAACAGUUUGCACAGCUGGCGGCAGAUGACUGUACAUCUAUAGCUGUUCUACUCAAGAUGUGAACCACACACCUUGACAGUUAGUGUUUAUACUACAAAGUGCUCCUCUUUAACAUUGAAAAUUAAAGCAAUCUGUUUUUCAAAAA